CUCCAGAUCAAUUUGGAUCCAACAAUGGCGGCACUCUGGUUAAUCUGGUACUUCCUGGCUGUGGUUUUCGUUGACUCUGUUUAUUCUUCAGAUGGGCCUCGGAUCACGGAAUGCCGCUCUUCAGAACAGGAGACCUUCACGUGCAGCUGGAGCGCUGGGCAUGGCCGGAAUCGUACCGACCGGGGACGGCUGAAGUUCUUCUACACAGAGGGGAAAAGUCCCAGCUGGAGGGAAUGUCCAGAGUAUAUCGCCAGAGAAAACCGCUGCUACUUCAAUCAGACCCACACAUCAGAGACCGAAUACUGUGUUCAACUAAAGUUGGAUAGCAUCACACACGACCAUCGGUGCUUUGUACUCGCUGAAAUUGUAAAGCCAGACACCCCAAUCUCCUUGAACUGGUCGCUCUUGAACAUCAGCCAGUCGGGGUUGUUCAUGGACAUACAGCUGUGGUGGGAAGUUUCAGCUGAGCUUGAUGCCAGCUCUGGCCACAUCCCACUCAAAUUUGAAAUCCAGUACAAGCCCAGCGACACAGACACGUGGAAUGUGAUGGAAACCUUGCCCGGCCAACCUCCCCCACAGCCGCUGUACAGCUUUGCCACAGGGAAGCAGUACGUCAUACGACUGAGAUGCGUUUACUACGACGUCGGCAAUUACAGUGAAUUCAGCGACGUUUUAAGAGUCUUCCUUCCGACACCGCAAUCAAUAGGAGUUCCUUUGGAGAGGCCGAGCAUCAUUGAGUGCCGCUCACCAGAGCAGGAGACCUUCAUGUGCCGAUGGAGCGCUGGCAAUUACCAAAACCUGACUCAACCAAGGCAGCUCAGAUUCUUUUACACAAAGGGAAGCAACGCGGAUUGGAGAGAAUGUCCGAAUUACUUGCCUGACAGGGACGCCUGCUACUUCAACCAGACCUACACCUCCAUCUGGGUUUCAUACUGUGUCCAGCUCAAGUCUGACAUUCAGGACCAGAACAUCAUUUUUGACAAACGCUGUUUCUCCAUUGAUAACAUAGUGAAGCCGGACCCUCCGAUCUCCCUGAACUGGACUCUGCUGAACAUCAGCCAGUCGGGACUGCUCGCUGACAUCCAGAUGUGGUGGGAACCUCCGCCGACCGCAGACAUUAAAAACGGCUGGAUAUCCCUGAAGUAUGAGAUCCAGUAUAGAACCAGUGAGAGUGGCCACUGGGAUGCAAUCGAAGCAUUCGCGACCUCCCAUCCGGUUUAUGCUCUGGGCACCGGCAAGAGUUACGAGAUCCGUCUACGCUGUAAACAGAUCGCCAACGGGGAGUUCAGCGAGUUCAGUGAGGCGUUGAGCAUCUUCAUCCCAGCACCUCCCUCAGCAGAAGAAACAGGCCUUUUGUUCAGGCUAAUCCUGAUUUUCGCUUCAUUGGGCACAACCCUGAUGCUAUUCUUGGUCCUCUACACCAAGAACCAAAGACUGAAGCUGUUCUUUCUGCCGCCUGUUCCUGUGCCCAAAAUCAAAGGAAUUGAUUCAGACCUUCUUAAGAAAGGUAAAAUGGAUGAAGUGAACUCGAUCUUCGCCAAUCACCUGAGCUACAAGUCGGACCUGUACAUCGACGACCCGUGGGUGGAGUUCAUCGACGUAGACCUGGACGAGGCGGAUGGGAAGAUGGAGGUGCUGGACACGGACAGGUUGCUGGGGCCGGGCAGCCCAAAGGUGGACAGCGGCCUGAGCGCCAAGGACGACGAUUCUGGCCGCGACAGUUGCUACGAGCCGGACACUGCCGAGGCGGGCUGCAAGGAGACGGGCGGCCAGUUGGCGGGCUUUCAGCUGAAGGCCGGAGGCGGGGACGCGAUGGCCGCUGGAGGAGAUGGCGAGGGUGGGGGGGCGCUCGGCGAGGAGCCCCGGCGCGGCAACGCGGAGCAGGCCCAGGCCGCUGGGUGUAGGCCCAGGCCGCCUGCCAAGAGUGAGCCGGGCCCAGCGGCCGGGCCCAGCCAGCCCGGCAACCACAACACGCUCGGCAAAAUGGACUUUUACGCACAGGUAAGCGACAUCACCCCCUCCGGGGGAGUCCUCCUCUCCCCAGGGCAGCAGAGCAAAGCCGAGCUGCUCCCCGACAAAGGACCCUCGGCCGACCCAAAGGCAACUGGGGCAGGCAAACGCAGGGAGGACGACUGCUCCUACACCUCGGAAGGGGACAUGAAACAACUGUGCGGUGGCAACGUCGCGGAGAAAAGCCUUAACCGAAACAACUAUUUCACCACGGACAUCCUUGCCAAGCUCGGAGAUACGAGGCGGCCAACAUUACCUGUCCCGGACUAUACCUCCAUACACAUGGUGGACUCUCAGCAGAGCCUGUUGUUGAACCCAAACGUGCUGCCCAGCAAGUGUCAGGCCAGCCUGGCUGGCUACCUGAUGCCUGAACAACUUGGCAAUGUCAUCCCCUAACCACACUGUACCUCCAGCAGCCCCAGUGCGAGCAGAGUUGUCCCACCGACCGUGUACAACGAUAUGAAAGUAUUAGCUCAUGGAAACACACACACACACACACACACACACAACGGUACAACCAGUGAGAAAUGUUAUAUGACAAAUCAAGGCUCAGAAUUAUUUUUAAAUGUCAGCUAUAUUUGUUAGUGAGAAAAGGCUGUAUUUUUAUAAAGCAAAAACAAUUGCCAUGGCGAAGCUGGAACGCAAUUGGAAGAAAGUUCUCAGUCGGGUGGACUUGGAAGCCUGUUCUUCGGCAAGAUCAGUUCUGGAAUUCUGGUGAAUGCCUGCUGCAAAUUUGGGGAAUCGGGGAGAGCAGCAAAUGCCCUGAAUCCUUGCAUUCCCGAAGCUUCAGCCCCCGCCGAUGGAACUGAAUGUACAAUGCGUUUCCACCGCUGUUUAGUGCUUGCAGCCAGCCAUGGACUACGGGGGCCGCAAUCGACGGUCUGAAAACAACAGUGCUCGCAGCGGCAACGUCACCGCCGCCCCCCUAGAGGGGCAGACUGCAGGAUCCUUCUGCUCCCUGUCAACGGGAAUGACAGGAGGAUCAAACAGAAGCUUUACGUAAACGAGGCGAUCUCAGGAACAAAGCUAAUAUCACUAACACAGCACCCUUAAAGGGAAAGUAAACAUGUGUAACGAGGCUGCUUAAUAGAGAACAUGAGGGGAAAUUCACUCUGCAAAAUGCUCCCUCUGAUGGGACUUAGACGACCAGGGAAGUAUUGACCUGUUCAAUGCAUGGUAUGGGAGUGGAAUUAAAUGAAACAAUGCAGUGCCAACCUAGUUAUUAACUUAAAAUCUCUUCUGCCUUCUACUCUAGCCAACCAAUCCUCUUAGCAACUUCUUUUGCACGGAAAUGCUCUCCUGCAUAUCAGCCAUGUUCCUCCACUGCCGUUUAUAGUGAAGUUGGACAAACUCUUUGUACCCCGCUGGGGAUAAAAUCAUCAAGGAAUCCCAAACUGGGUUCUGGAUAUGGCUUUCAGUGCUUUCAACAAGCACAUGAACAUGCAGGGAAUGGAUGGAUACGGAGCACGUGCAGUGUUAUAGAGUCACGGAGUCGUACAGGGGGAAAACAGGCCCUUCAGCCCAACUUGCCCACACUGGCCAACAUGUCUCAGCUGCACUAGUCCCACCUGCCCACGUUUGGUCCACAUUCCUCCAAACCUGUCCUAUCCAUAAGUUGUGGCUAAUUUAGUUUGGCGUAGUUGAGGCCAGUUCAUUGGCUAUAUUUAAGAGGGAGUUAGAUGUGGCCCUUGUGGCUAAAGGGAUCGGGGGUAUGGAGAGAGGGCAGGUACAGGAUACUGAGUUGGAUGAUCAGCCAUGAUCAUAUUGAAUGGCGGUGCAGGCUCGAAGGGCCGAAUGGCCUACUCCUGCACCUAUUUUCUAUGUUUUAAUGUUUCUAUGAUCAGCACAGAUAUUGUGGGCUGAAGGGCCUGUUCCUGUGCUGUACUGUUCUGCGUUCACAGUAAAGGCUCUGUCCGUUCAACCCUUGUCUAAGAUGGUGGUCUGUUUGAAUAGUUGAUUGGGCGGUAACCUCACUUGGUCCGCAGUGGGAUUAGCGUAGUCAGUGGGAUCUUUGACAUGGGCUGCAGUGGGCGUUGACGGCAAACCUUACAACACAGUAUGGUGGCGCAGCGGUAGAGUUGCUGCCUCACAGCUCCAGAGAUCCGGGUUCGAUCCUGAACACGGGGGCAUGUCUGACUCGCCCCGCUCAAUGCGACAUUUUGCCAGAAAGAAAUUUGGUCCCGGUACUAAAAUGUGAAAAA